AUGAUCUCGAAAACAUUUAGCUCAACUCUUAAUUUCACCCAAUGGAUCAACUCAAGAUCACCUGAAAUCCUGGAUCUAAUUCAUUCGAUUUCAAGAGCCCUAUAUAUAGAAAUCGAAUAUUUCUGCAAGGAAAUAAGAAUUAAUCCUAGGGCUGUGAAUCUAGAAAACAUCCCUGAAAGCGAUUAUUUCUCCUAUCAAGAUAAUUACAAUAGCUGCUACGACGAAAAACUAGCAAGGCCAGUAGAUAUUCAAGAAAUUUCAGAAUUCGUACAGACUCUGUAUAAAGAAUUUAAAUUCAGUAAAGAGUGCUUUGUUUUGACUAUGGUGUAUAUUAAAUCCCCUCUUCUGUGAGAGAACAAAAAAUUUUUGUUCGCUCACGGAGAUGUUAAUUUAUUUUUUUUCAAAAUUUAUAAAUAUCCCAAUUCGCAAAAAAUUGGAAAGCAAAUAUUAAUUUAAUUUGUAAAAUUUAUGUUCAAAACGCAUAUAGAUUUAUUAUAUUAGUUAUCAAUAUUUUUUUCAUAAAAAAUGUUUAUUCGCUCAGGGAGGGUGGGUUUUUGGGCAAAAAAUAGGAAUUGUUCUAAUGGUUUUGUUCGCUCACGGAGGCGGGGAGUAAAAAAUUUUUGUUUUACUCAAAAAUACCACUAAUGAGUGACAACUGAAAAAAAUAUAUACCAAUUUAAGUUUAAUUAAUGGAAUUUUGUAAACCCAAAACUAUUUUUCCCAAAUAAAGCCAAAAAUUUGAAGGCUAAGCCGAUAAUUAAUAAAUAAAAAGUGUAUACUACUUAUUUCUACAUUAGUAGCACAAAGAGUCUCGGAUAAUGCCAUUAUUUCCGCUUCAGAUUACAAUAAUAUCAAAGGCUUCAGCCUUGAAGAUAUUAGACUAAUGGAAAUAGAUUUUCUCAAUUUUAUAGGCUACGACUAUAAGCUAGAAGCCAUAGAGUAUUUGUAUCAAAGUAAUUACCUUCAGGAUAUCUCAAAAUCUAUUAAAGGCAACACAUGGUAUUUAGAUAAUGAGAAACUGGAAAAUAUUAUGAAGAGAUCGAAGCAGCUCUCUGAGGAAGAAAGCGAUAGCGAUUGCGGCAUUUAUCACUCUGAAGCUAUGCAUUCUAUCGACAUAGACCUAAUAGAUUACUAA